AUGUAUAGCGGUGGAAGAUAUGUUCUGGCUCCGAAUGCCGAGGAUGGCUCGGAUAUUAGUGAGGCGAGUGAAUAUCAAAGCGACAGUAACUCCGUUUGUUCUGACGACCUAGAAGUGGGGGCUCAUGAGACCGUCGAAACCGAGGAACGUGCUGUGUCUGAAAAAAUGACCCAUUUGGAGAAAACGGUCGUAGAAAAUCAUCCGUGCGAAGCAAAUCCGAUGAUAAACCAAACCACGAGCCACACCGGAUACACCGAGAAGCAUGAUGUUGGAUCAUCUGUGUACCCUGGACCCUCGGACAAGGGAAGUAACAUCCGUUGGGAUCUUAUUCCAAAAUUUCCGAAGGACAUUCCGUCGAGCAAGCUGUGGGAGAACUGGCAAGCAUUCAUCGGGAAUUUCGAAACAGCUGCAUCUCUAUCAACGUUUGGCAGUUCAGUCGACCGUGCAAAGUUGCUCUACUUGUCGCUCGGGAAAGAUUUGCAGGAUAUUAUCAGCGCUGCAAAUCUGCAACCGGAUUACCGUGAUCCAAGAUGUUAUGCGACUCUCGUUUCGAAAGUAAACAACUAUUUCAAGUCGAUGACUGACACGGCUGCGGAACACGAGGCAUUCCAGGCCAUGCGUCAAGCGAAGGGAGAAACUAUAAUCACUUUCCACGCACGGCUGACACAGAAAGUUCGGUUGUGUGGCUACAGCCCUGGGGACCAAACUCGUUUUGUGCUUGCCCAGCUCCUGAAGGGCAUGCGGAACCGGGAGUUAGCGACAGCUGGAAGGACCUACGGACAUGAUGCAGACUACAUCCUGAAAGCAGCUUCACGAGUCGAAGCGUUCGAAGUUGACGAACAGGCUGCGGAACAAAGCCCACAGAACAUUCUAGCUAUCACCAGAAAACGAGAUCAUAGCCGUGAGAGGGAACCAUUUCGGAAGAUGCGGAAAGUCGAAGAAGGCAGGGGAUUCGAAAGGACGAAAACGAAAGGACCAUUCCAAGAUUAUCGUCAGGGACAGCGGUCGCGCUGCUGGAGGUGUGGUUACCUGUCCCACAAACGGGAUACCUGCCCAGCAUUGGAUAAAGCAUGCAACACUUGUGGACGAAUUGGCCAUUUCAGCGUGACUUGUCGCAAGAAACCCAAAACUGGGAUCAACAGUGUCGACGAAAAACCACGUAACGGUCCCCUACCUGGAUGGGGCAAAGGAUCAAACGAUGAACAGCAAAUUGACACAGUUGUGUCUUUGGGUGAUGCAAUCAUUCGUUGCCGUCUUGGUUCGUCCAGGCCAUACAAUUUCCUCGUUGAUUCAGGUGCCGAUGUCAAUAUAGUGGGCGGAACGGAUUGGAUAUGUUUGGAAAAGGAGUUACGAUGCGGAAUGGCUAAAUUAGAGCCAGUUGCCGUAGUAAGGGAGCUGCGAGCAUAUGCGGUAGACGCUCCUAUGCAAAUACGGUGUGCCUUUAAAGCGGAGGUAGAAGUCGUAGAUGCGGAAAAACCGAGAGUGACCGCAGAAUUUCUUGUAGUAGAUGAAGGUCGACGGUCGUUGCUCGGGCGACGCACGGCAUGUGAGUUGAAGCUGUUGAAGGUGGGACUCUCGGUGAACAGUUGCGAGCAGUAUACUACCACAGGAAUCUUUCCAAAAAUGCCAGGAGUGAGGGUCAAGUUCAGUGUGGACUCGUCAAUACCACCUGAAAGGAACGCAUACUACAAUGUCCCUGCGGCGUUCAGGGAAGCAGCCAGGAAGCGCCUCGAGGACAUGGAAGCUUGCGGCAUUAUCGAACGGGUCACUAGAGCACCACAGUGGAUAAGUGGCAUGUCAGCGGUGCCUAAAGGCAAGAACGACUUUCGACUAGUGGUCAACAUGCGGGACCCAAACAAGGCGAUAAAAAGGGAGUAUUUCCGUAUGCCACUAGUAGAUGAGAUGAAGGUGAAACUUCACGGUGCCAAGUUCUUUACAAAGUUGGACCUUAGUAACGCCUACUACCACCUUGAGCUUUCUAAAGAUUCACGCGACCUCACGACAUUCUUGUCAGAAAACGGAAUGUACCGUUUCACGCGCCUGAUGUUCGGCGUAAACUGCGCUCCCGAAAUUUUUCAACGGGAGAUGAGCCGGCUUCUGGAGGGAGUGGACAAUCUAAUAGUGUACAUCGACGAUGUCCUGAUAUUCGCGGAAACGUUGGAUAAACUUAGGGAAACGACCAACCUAGUCUUGAGAAUACUUCGUGCAAACAACUUAACCCUCAACGUACAGAAGUGUGAAUUUGACAAAAGUUUCAUUGUAUUCCUGGGCCAUGGACUGGAUGAGAAUGGAUUCCAUGUGGAUGAAACGAAAGUAAAAGCAAUCCGACAGUUUCGACCCCCAGCUAAUGUCUCCGAGCUCAAAAGUUUUCUUGGGCUGGCAUCUUAUGUCAGUCCUUACAUCAAGGACUUUGCAGAUAUUUCGAGCAUCCUGUGGGCCGCCACCACCAAUAAAAGUUGGGAAUGGGGACCGAAACAACUUGCUUCAUUCGAAACAAUUAAGGAACAAAUCACACGAUGUACUACGACGCUGGGAUAUUUUGCCGAAAACGAGAGAACGAUCUUAUAUACAGAUGCAUCGUCGAACGCUCUAGGAGCGGUACUAGUACAGGAAGGUUUGUCCAAGUCUCCUCGUAUUAUAAGUUUUGCGUCGAAGGCACUCACGGAUACCGAGAAAAGGUACGCACAGAACCAGCGUGAAGCUCUGGCCACAGUGUGGGCUGUGGAACAUUUUUCGUUCUUCCUUCUAGGCCGACAUUUCACGUUGAGAACCGACGCACAAGGCGUCACUUUCAUAUUGAAUCGUUCGAGAGAGAACUCCAAGAGAGCCCUAACACGAGCGGAUGGGUGGGCCCUUCGUCUGAGUCCUUAUAGCUACGACGUGGAAUAUAUCCGAGGUAGAGACAACAUUGCCGAUCCAUCCUCGCGGUUGUACACCGGCAACGAUGACGCGUUUGAUGAGCAACACAGCCCCUGGGAAAUAGCAACCUUGGAAGCAAAUUCUGUAGGAUUCUUGACGGAAGAAGAGUUGCGAGAAGAAACCGCAAUCGACGAAACUCUUCAGAAGGUGAUCGAUUCACUAGAAACCCGCAUCUGGCCAAAAGAACUUAGCCGAUUCGAAAGUGUAGCAGGUGAGCUUUCACUCAACGAUGGAAUUUUGGUAAAGAAUGGUUGCGCUGUAGUUCCCACAAAACUGCGGGAGAAAACUCUGAGCCUAGCUCACGAUGGACAUCCGAUGACUGCAAAGCUCAAAAGUAUCUUUCGUGAGCGUGUGUGGUGGCCCGGACUAUCUACGGAUGCCGAGGAGUGGGUGAAAACCUGCCAGACCUGCGCGACGAAUGGACGACCCGAAAAGCCAACCCCCAUGAAAAGGAUCCUCGCUCCUCAAACGGUUUGGGAAAGUAUUGCAGUGGAUUUCAAUGGAACAUACGCGAGAUACGGAGGCGUUUCAAUUUUGCUGAUUGUUGACUACCGGUCCAGGUAUUUGAUUGCCCGGCCGGUCAAAUCUACAAGUUUUGAACAGACAAAACAUGUCCUUGAAGAAGUAUUUGCUCGUGAAGGUUUUCCGAAAAAUAUUCGGUCCGACAACGGACCACCAUUCAAUGGUGAAGAGUACCGAGCGUACUGCGCCGAUCGUGGCAUUGAGGCCGUGUUUUCAACCCCCCUGUUUCCACAACAGAACGGGCUUGUUGAAAACUACAUGAAGCUUGUCAAUAAGGCAAUGGCUUCUGCAGUUGGCAACGGGUCCUGUUUCAAGGAAGAGCUACAAGCUGCUGUCAAUGCCCACAAUGCGUCAGCUCACUCGGUUACUGGCCUUCCACCUGAGGAAAUAAUGAUGGGCCGUAAAAUAAAACGUAGACUCCCUUUGCUGCACCAUGAAACAGUAAAAUAUGACGAGGACCUAUUCGAGCGCAGAGAUAAGGAGCAGAAGAUGAAGGCUAAGAUCCGUGAGGAUACUAGAAGAGGAGCGCGAGCAUGCCGUUUGAAUCCGGGGGACACGGUCAUCAUCGAGCGGUUGAACCGCGCCAAAGGGGACAGCAGGUUUGACACUCAAAAAUACACCAUCAUCAAGAACGACAACGGAAGCCUCACUCUGCAAAACGAUCACGGCCAGAUUGUUAAACGGCAUGUGACCCAGACUCGGAAGGUUGGACCUUGGCGCACAUCCAAUGACAAUUCCAAUGAUGCACCUCAACUUAGCUCAAGCACCAAACAAAAUCCUGAAUCGAGCAUUUCCGAACGACCACGCAGAACAAGAACGAUGCCCUCCUACAUGAAGGAUUACGUGCAGGCAAUAGAAAACUAA